UUGCGCAAUACCAUCAGAUCAUCCUCCACGAGCACCAACUCCAGCCGGCAAACACACACGCACGCACGCACCGUCCCGUCCGAUUCCGAGAGCCGCGGGGCAAAUUCAAUGGCAGCGCAUUCCUGGCUGCUGGCGUUCGCCGCCGCGCUCGUGCUCAUCCACGGCGCGCGGUCGGCCACAUUCACGAUCGCCAACGGCUGCGGGUACACGGUGUGGCCGGGGCUGCUGUCAAGCGCGGGGUCGGGCCCGCUGCCCACCACGGGGUUCGCGCUCGCGCCGGGGGAGUCCCGCGCCGUGGCGGCGCCGGCGGGGUGGUCGGGCCGCCUCUGGGGCCGCACGCUCUGCGCCGCCAACGCCGCCAGUGGCCGCUUCGCCUGCGCCACGGGGGACUGCGGGUCGGGGGACGUGCAGUGCAACGGCGGCGGCGCCGCCACGCCGGCCACGCUCGCCGAGUUCACGCUCGACGGCAGCGGCGGUCUCGACUUCUUCGACGUCAGCCUCGUCGACGGCUACAACCUACCCAUGGUCGUCACGCCAACGGCCUCCUCCUCCUCCGGCGGCGGUGGCACCUCCUCCGGCAAGUGCGCGGCGACGGGGUGCGCCGCGGAGCUGAACGCCGCGUGCCCGGCGGGCCUGCGGGUGGACGCCGCGGCGGACGGGCCGGUGGCGUGCCGGAGCGCCUGCGACGCAUUCGGGGACGCGCAGUACUGCUGCAGCGGCGCGUACGGGAGCCCCAGCGCGUGCCGGCCCUCGGCCUACUCCCAGUUCUUCAAGGCUGCGUGCCCGCGCGCAUACAGCUACGCCUACGACGACGCCACCUCCACCUUCACCUGCGCCGCCGGCAGCACAGACUACACCGUCACCUUCUGCCCCGGCGUGCCCACCAGCGUGAAGUCGACGGGGCAGAACCCGCAGGCCGCCGGGCUGCCGCAGCAGAUGAACAACGGCACCACCAUGGUCUUCUUCGGCGGCAACGCGCAGCCCAGCAGCGCCGCCGCCGCGAACCUUCUCGUCGCCGUCGCGGUCACCGCGGCCGUCGCCGUCUCGGCUCUCGUCCUCUGAGCGCAGCAGCCGGCGUUACUGCGGUAGGUUGAUGGAUUAGCCGCCGCGCAUCCAGCAGCGCCCCGCUGUUGACCGGUCGCCGUCGCUGGAGGGCGGGCCCCUGCUUUCGCUUUUGACGGCGGCGGAAGAAAACGUGACGGGGUCAGACAGUGUGAGCAUGCAGUUAGCAUGCAGCUCCAUGGCUCAGACGGAACACGAGACUAGUUCCAGUAUAAUAUUUUAUUGUAGCGUAGGACAAGUAGACUAGCUUCUCUCCUGUUAGUAUUAUUAUUCUUUUUGCUUUAGAUUUUUUUUUCCAUCUGUUGGGCGGAGACAGCCAGAUAAUUUCGUUAUUCUUUGUCCUGUAUGCAACGGAACGGAAUGGAUUUGUUGUAACUUGAAAGUGAUUAUUCACUUGAUUUGAUUGGAAAGGAAAGGGAAUGAAAUUAUAAGGCAAGAUUUUUUCUCAACAA